AUGAGCUACUAUGACAUAGAUGAUAUACUGGCAGACAGUCAGAAAUUGCCAUGCAAGUUCUCAAUUACAAUCCCAGGACUGGGUUAUUUGAAUGGAGAGCCUGGUCGUCCAAUAAAAGAGAACGUCAGACUUGAAUUGCCUAUAUGGCUGGCUGAAAUCCUAGCCAUUUGCUCUAUUUCCAACUCCUCUGAAUACGAAGAAAAUGACGAGUAUAGAGAAACCACGUUCUUGAAACUUCUAGAGCCUGAAUUCUUUUCUCCUGUUUUCCUCAACUUUAUAAAGUCAGAUGCUUUGCGACUCAACCUAAAUCCAUACAUGUUCUACUAUCGCAUUGUUACGAAAUGGUCAAACAUGUUUGGAGACGCGGAAUUGGUGGAGCUUAUAAGUAAGGCAUUGGUUGACAGAGCAAGUGAAUUAAACGAUUUAAGCUUCAAAUUGAAUGAUCACUUUACUGGCGGUAAUUUGGAAUUCAUGAAUAAUCUCGAUAGCUACGAAAAACAGUUGUUCAAAAACAGUCAUAAAUCAUACAAAGAUUUGAAGAUGUGGUGGCUCAAGAAGCCAAAUUGACGACCAUUUUCCUGCCCGUUUGAAUCUCAUGUGCUUUCUAUUCACUUUUGCACCACCAAUAUGAACUCUAAUUCAUCAUGUCAACAAUUGCUAGGAAAUGAAGUUUUUUGGAGAAAUAGAGGAUAUUGUAUAAAUGAUAUUAGUCGAUCAGCUAAACGUCAAAUACUUGAGACGAACCUGGUGUGCAAAAUACUUGCUCAACUAAACCGAAGCAAUACUUAUUCACUGCUAUCAAAAUGUGUUUCUUUACUGAAUAAUACUAUACAAGAUCAACUUCAGUUUGGUGUUGAUUAGAAGUCUCCCUGAAAUUUUGGAAUCCGUAUCGUUCACCACAUUGUUAACAUGUAACGACAUUAUGAAGGCAAUCUUUCGCAGCUUAGUAGGCAGACAUUCAGAAUAUUACGCCGUAAGAAGAUUGUUUUACGACAACCAAGAAAUAAGGGAUUACCAAUAUCCCAUUAAUUAUCGCUGACGUUUGAACCUUUAAUAUUUUGCGAUUAUAAUUGGCGUUGUCAGCUAGUUCACGUGAACAACUAAUCUGAUAUCUAGAUGAUCCAUGUGGCAGCACAAAGUUAUAUUACUCGCAUAAGUGAUCCCAAUUAUGAGAAGCAAGCCUGAUUUACUUUCC